AUGAUGGGCCAGGGUUAUCGGGAUGAGGCUCAGGACCCUCUGGAACCCCCAACCCUGUAUCUAAAUGAAGAUGGGGGUGAGAAGCAACCGGACUGGUGCCAGGACACGGAAAUGGAGAUGAUGGAAGUGCUGCCACACAAGAGCCCCAGGAAGAGAUGGGAUGAGUUGGGAGAUCACCCAUUUAGCCAAACUGACAGAAUCCCAAAGCUGGCAGAGGCCACAGACCAGCAGGUGAUGGAACAGCAGCAAAAGCAUCAAGGUCAGAAGGUGGAGAUUGAUAGAGAGCUAAGUUCAAGUCCACAGCCACAGCAGGAAGUUCUGGGGACUGAAGUACUCUCUUGGCAUCAAAGCGCAGAACCAAUAAAUCCAGCAGGAAAUCAUCAGGAAAAAGACUCCGCUCAAAAAGAUCCAACUUCUGCCCCAUUGGUCCAACUGCAGCCUCAUGAGGGGGUGACUGUGAGGAUGACAGACCUGUCAAGAUGCCAUCAGAUUCUGGAGAAAAAGUCUCUGGAGGCUCUGAAGGUGCUCCCGUGCCCAAGUUCUGAGAAAGAUCAGUCAAUAAAGAGCCCUGAACCAGAACAGAUCCCAAACCUACAAUGCCCAAAGGUGAUUGGACAAGAACUCCCACUGGUCCAAAGGGAGGAUGUGGGAAGUCAGGAGGAAAUCUGGAAACUCACGCUCAAUUCAGAAGGACCUCAUUUGAUUGUCCCUGCCCAAGAAAAUGGUUCCAGGGGAAAGCCCCUAAAGUGCCAAGACUGUGGGACCGAGGAAGAAAUCCAUCAUGAGGAAGAGAUGUCCCAAGAAGAUGUCCAAGGAAAAUCAAAAUGGCAGCUUCAGUUCCUGGAGCAGAAGGUGGUGAAGGUGCUGAGGCUGUGGCAUCAGUGGCAAGGGGAAGGCGUUCUGAAGGUGUUGCAGCAGCACUUCUGGGAAGUGGAAGGACGGUCGAUGGCCCUGCUGCCGGGGGAAGAAAAGAGAAACUUGAAAGUCACAGAGCAGCAGUGGCAGCUGAAGGAGAAGGGCCUGGGGGUCACCACACAGCACCAAGAGAGGCAGGACUCGAGCUGCUCCCAGGGAAGUCCAUUUGGCUAUCAAGGUGUUGGUCAAGAGCUUUCUCUCCCUGCUUUCCAAGAACCAGGAGUGUCUGAGCUGUCACAUCGGGGCUUCUGCCUAGGUAAAGAGGGCACCACAGAAAUGCCACAGACUGGAAAUGAACACUGGCCAAUCCGAGAAAAUGAGAGUUCGGCCAGGCCUGAUCAAGGUGAGGAAGAGGCUGAGCUAAAGAGACUGGAAGGAAACAUUCCCAGAGGGAAUGGCCCAUGGCAGCCACAGGAGCCACAGAGGCCAGAGGAGGAGAUGCUGCAGGAGCAGAGAGACCACCAAGGGGAGGCCGUCCUGCAGGCCCUCCAGCAACUGCCGCAGCAGGAGGAUACGAUUCUGGGGACAUUGCACCCACAGUGUCAGGUCCAGGAGGAAGCCGUCCCAGAGGUCCUCAGGCUGCAGCAGCAGAUCCAAGAGAAGAUGGUUGGGAAAGCGACACAGCCACCCCGACCUGCAGAAGAGGAGGAGCAAGAGCUGCCCGAACGGGAAUGGUCUGUGAUGGGGGGUGAGCUCCAGUGCCAGGGAGAAGGGAGGCCCCAGCCUCCACCCUGCCAGAAGGAGGGUGAUGAAGAGAUGAUGGAGCAGAGAAAGUACUGUAAUGGAAAAGACAGACCGUGUGAGAGGGCAAUGCUGCAGGGUGUAACUGGCUUGUGCCAAGGCUGCGAAGCCAAGGAGGUCAAGUCACGGCAACAGUUGCAAAAUCAGCCACAGCAACAGCCACAACAACAGCCAAAGCAACAGCCAGAGCAGUCCCAGCAAAAGCCACGACCGCAGCAACAGUCCCAAGAGCCGGACAAUCUACCACAAAACCUGAGUCAGGAUGAGCCAAGUAGCCAUUUGGUGAAGCAGAACGAAGACAAAGAAAAGCAAUCCAAAAAACCUACAAGGGAAAAGCCUAAUUAUUUUGUAGCAAUUCCUAUAAGAAAUGAUCAGAUUUUGAAUAAUAUUGAAAAUGUACAGGAACUUAUAUACACCAAGGAUCCUGAACUGCUGAAAGCACUGAUUUCUGUCCAGACACUUCACAUCACCCUUACUGUAGUUCACCUCGGAACUGACCAAGAUGUACAAAAGGCUAUUUCAGCACUGGAACAGAGCAAAGCUAAAGUGGACGCCCUUUUGCAGGGGAAACCCCUCAACUUGACAUUUCGAGGGAUCGGCCAGUUUAACAACCAAGUGAUCUAUGUGAAAAUGUCCGGAGAGGAACAGCAAAUCCUGAGCAAGAUUGCAGAUGUUGUGGAGAGCUCUUUCCGGGAAAUGAGUGUAGACAUCACUGGUAGCAAAGAUUUCAAACCACACCUGACAGUUCUCAAACUAUCCAAAGCUCCAGCCCUGAGGAGAAAGGGUUACAGGAAGAUUAGUUUGGAUGUAUAUAAGGAAUAUGAAGACAGCCCCUUUGGAACUGAAAUCUUAAGUCAAAUCGACCUUUGCUCCAUGCAUAAGAAGAAGCAGGAAUCUGGAUACUAUCACUGUGAAUGUUCAAUUAAAAUCACUUCUCUGUCACUGGACCAGACCCUACCUAUGAAGUCAGAACAUCUGGAAGAGCUGGUUACCAAGGAAUCUCCCGGAGUUGUUCCCCAUACGGAAACUGGAGAUGUUAAUGGGAGUCGUAACUGUAUCUCACAUACAGAAGAAGAUUGUGACCAACCAGCUGAAACUACCUCAGCAUUUGGAGAUAAAUUUAAAAAAAAAAGGAAAUUCCCCAAAUAA